UAUAUACCAAGAUGGCGGACAACACUGGACGCGCGUCACAUGAGCUCCGUCUGUAAAUCAAUCUAAGAGCGGUUGCUUGUGUCGCAGAGUGAUAUAUACAGUUAAUUUUGACAUCAGUUCAUAGCCUAUUUACGUUACUCAACUUUUCGGACAUUCAAACGUGCAUUUUCAUCAUGGAUCGGGAGAAAAUCGAUGGUGAUUGCGGGUCACCCAAGCCGGAGCUACAGACAAAGAGAUACCGGACAAGGUCGGGCAAAACCAAGCCGUGGAACACGCCGGCGAAGGAUAUCCUGGAUUUUGAACAAGUUACGGAAGAUCACACAGACUCCAGUAAAACAAAGGUAUGUAACCUCAAGUUCCGUACAACCUCAGAACGAGUCCCCGUGUGGAUUGAGGCUAGCAGAGUCCAUUUUGAUCAGUCACUGGAAAAGGACACGGGGUACAAGUUCACCUGGAAGAAGGGCAACCACACACAACUGUCAGUAACUGAUCCGGCUCGAUCAGGGGACAAUGCCAAAGUUCUGACUAUUCACUUCUAUCAUACCGGUACGAUCCUAAUCCACGGGAAAGGAUCAUCCUGGUUUGCCACAAAUAUCUUCCCCAAAGUCAAGAAAGAAGUUGAUUGUCUUACCGACGCGUCACUUGCACAAGAUGGCGGAUAUGUUAAUGAAGAACUAGAAGACGAGGGGGAAGAAACAAUAGAAGACAACGCAAAGACAAUGGAGACCUUCCCUGAUCAGUGUGAAGUGUCCGCCAUGACACUGACAGUGUCUGACAGUGACUCAGAUCAGACAACAAUCCCAAAGUCUGUCGUAGAUCUCACCUGUGAGAACAGUCAAGCAGAGAACACAACUCCAAAAUCAGUCACUUCCCCAUCUAUCCGUAAAGUACUAGGUGGCCUCGAGAACAUUAUUUUAACGCCAUUCACGAAGAUGCGGGAGUCUACAGGUAAACUCAAGGGCAAAGAGGGAAAACCGCAACUCUCAAACCCACGAACACGGCGCGCAUUGAAGACUGAUCUCUCUAAUUCUAAAGAGCAAUCAUCUGGCACACAGCUCCCAAACACCGAUGCAGAGAAUAUGUUCACGACACUGGUUGACGAGCUGAAUGGUUUGAAGGAGCUAGUCUUUAACAACAAAACUACUAUGGACAAACAAGGGAAACAGAUAACAAACCUCCAAGCUAAUCUUCAAAACAAAAGAAAAGUGAUUGACAAACAAGCUCAACAAGUUGAAAAACAAGCACAACAAAUUGAAGAUUUAAAUGCCGAACUCCAGCGUCAACGCGAAAUCGCAAAGAACUUGGAAGACGCACUAGCCACACAGCAAACAGCACAGGAAGCAUUACAAGCUCAAGUUUUGAUUUUGGCAAACCAAGCUCAAUCAUCCACCAUAACUACGAAACCAGUACAGAACAAAGCAAAAAGUGACGACUCUAGAAUACAUCGUCUAUACUCUGAGAUUGUCGCUGGUGCCCAAGACUCAGUAGACAGCGCAAUCAGCCACGAUGUACAAGCUGAACCAACAACACAAGACACCCAGACUUCUGCUCCCACUUCCACCGAAACUGACGGUAACACAUCCGCGCCAACUCCAACACAAAAGGACAUGAAUGCGACAGCUCAAGUCCGAAUCUUUGCAGACUCCUUGUGGAACGAUGUUGAUCCCAAGAAAAUGUACAAACACAAAAGCGUAAACAUCAUCAAAACGACAACACUUCCCAAAGCUGCUGACAAGAUCGAGACGACACAGGACACCGGGACCGAGCUUGUUAUCAUCCAUGUAGGAUCUAACGAUCUGGACAAUACGAAAGCUCGGCCCGACAGCAAGGACAUAUGUGUGGAACAGACAUUCAAAGUGAUCGAUUCGGCAAAAAGAUCCUUCCCAAAUGCUAGAAUCACUAUGUCUCAGGUCCUACCUAGAGGAAUGAACAUGAACUCCCAUCUGAACAGGAACAUAGCUUCAUACAAUGACGUCAUUGAAAGGGCAUGUGUACAGGACGAGAAGCUUACAUACGUAAGGCACAGGCUCUUGUCAGAAGAUAGAUCCAUGUACAAAGCAGACGCCAUCCACAUCAAACCUGACACAGGCGUCAGGCUGAUGGUUGCCGACGUAAAACGCACCCUGCGUCACCAACAGCUGGCCACAACAAGAAACCAGGACAGGAACCCAAUUCCACAGCACAGGAACUCAAGCGGGAAACUGCCCACGUCGACCAGCGCACAGCAGACGCAGCCCGAGCGACGUCAUCCACCAAGUCUCCGGUGGAACCCUUCAAGGAAACCCGAGCAACGACUACUUCCUACGUGGAACCAGGCACCCCCUCCACCUCCGCAGUGGAUUCGACAGUCAGGGCCGCCUGGGACAAGAGCACACCAGCAGGACAAGCGUCAAACUGUGGAGACGUUGAUUAACAUGCUGACUGACUUUCUCAGACAUUAGGCUCAAGAGACACGCUACGAUGAUGAAAGUCCGUAACACCCAAGUGUUCGCUCAGGUGACAAAUUCUGUUCUCCCUUUUCCAUUUUACUUCUUUCUAACUACAUAAGUGACAUUUACCAAAUACUAGUAUAAUCUGAUGGUACGAAUAGGUAAAGGCAUAUAUACAUGUAAUAUGAGUGAGCAUACCCACUUGUAAUACAGUCAUCCCUAUUCACGCUAAUUUGUAUUAUUUCACUCUGCGCACAAUGUAGCUUUGCUCUUAUUACUGGAAUACUUUAGUACCACCCUUUUACUCGUUCGAUUUCAAUUAUGUCAGCUCAAAAGGUAGCUCUGAGGUUCUGUUCAUGGAACGUUCAGGGCGGCCUUAGGAGAAAAUGCCAGAACGAUGAUUUUGUUAGAUGUUUAGAAGAUUAUGAUUUUGUAUGUUUGCAAGAGUCAUGGCUAAAUCCUAAGGAAAACUUUAGAUUAGACUCCUUUAGUUAUAUAAGAAGUGACAGGAACGCUAAAAAGUCUGCGAAAAGGAACUCCGGUGGGGUAAUCAUUAUGUUCCGUAACAGACUGAUGAAGG